UCCGCUCCGCUCCGCGUCCAACUCGUCUCUGUGUCCCGCAGGUGCCGUGACAGAAGUCAAAACAGACAUCUACGUGACCAGCUUUGGGCCGGUGUCCGACGUGGAGAUGGAAUACACAAUGGAUGUCUUCUUCCGCCAGACAUGGACUGAUGAGAGGUUGAAGUUUGGUGGGCCAACAGAAAUUUUGAGAUUGAACAAUUUAAUGGUCAGUAAAAUAUGGACACCAGACACGUUUUUUAGAAAUGGAAAAAAAUCAAUUGCUCAUAAUAUGACAACUCCUAACAAACUUUUCAGAAUUAUGCAGAAUGGAACUAUUCUUUACACAAUGAGACUAACAAUUAAUGCUGACUGUCCUAUGCGGCUGGUGAACUUCCCAAUGGAUGGACAUGCUUGCCCUUUGAAGUUUGGAAGCUAUGCUUACCCAAAAAGUGAAAUAAUUUACACAUGGAAAAAAGGACCUCUGCAUUCCGUAGAAGUACCACAGGAGUCUUCCAGUCUCCUCCAGUAUGAUCUCAUAGGACAAACUGUAUCUAGCGAAACAAUUAAAUCUAACACAGGUGAAUAUGUAAUCAUGACAGUUUAUUUCCACUUACAAAGGAAGAUGGGAUACUUCAUGAUACAGAUAUAUACUCCUUGCAUUAUGACAGUCAUUCUUUCUCAGGUCUCUUUUUGGAUUAACAAGGAGUCUGUUCCAGCCAGAACAGUUUUUGGAAUUACUACAGUUCUAACGAUGACCACUUUAAGCAUCAGUGCACGCCAUUCUUUGCCCAAGGUGUCCUAUGCUACUGCUAUGGAUUGGUUCAUAGCUGUGUGCUUUGCCUUUGUCUUCUCUGCACUUAUUGAGUUUGCAGCUGUCAACUACUUUACCAAUCUUCAGACUCAGAGAGCAAUGAGGAAGGCAGCAAGGGCAGCAGCACUGGCAGCAGCACUAUCAGCAGCAACUGUACCGGCAGAGGACGAGAUUGUCUCGCAUUCUGACUCCAACUGUAACCUGAAGAAGCGAGUAAACUCUGUAACAUCUCAGGCAGAUCAGUCUCCUGAAGCCAGCAUAAUAUCAAACAGUGCAUCCCAGUGUCAACCUGUGUCUGCUCCUCCACCAGCCCCCCCAGCACCACCACCAGUUGGAGGCACAAGUAAAAUAGACCAGUAUUCUAGGAUCCUCUUCCCAGUGGCAUUUGCAGGAUUCAACUUGGUAUACUGGGUCGUCUACCUUUCAAAAGACACUAUGGAAUUUUUUGAACCUACUGCAAUGCACCUCCGAAAUGAUCAUCAGACCAACUGAAGAACAGCAGUGCUUAAAAGAAAUCACUCAAGGUCUUCUGGAGUUAAAGUAACUUCAAAGGAAACAAGUGCUCUCAGUUUUCAAACACUGAGUAUUUAUACUGGAUAUCACCUGGAAACAAACACUGGACAAAUAAAGAUCGAAACUGCACAGUUCUAACAAAAUUUUGACUUCUUAUGGUGAUUCUAAUAUAGAAUUUAUUGUUAAAUUAUUUUGUUCAGUGGUCAAAGAAAAGAUUUGUAUUUCUUGUAGUUCUGUUACAAAUAACUGAAUGUUUACAUUGAUAUAAAAUAUAAAUAAUAGAAUUAUUUCUCCUAAAUGCAGUGAGGAUUACUUAAGGAAGCCACAUUCAAAACUCGUAUAAAUUAGCAUUCUUUCACUGAAAUGCAAGGACCCACACUGAUGUGCAGUCCAAAUUGGCCCCCAGUGCUAAAAAAUCCCAUGAAUGGGAUUUGAAGUCCCAUGGCGUUGUUGUAAUAUUUCUAUAGAUCAGAUGAAUGAUGAAUCCUGGUUUUCUGUAAUUUAUCUUCAUAUCCUUUAAUCUGAGGCAAUUUUUGUGGGGGAAAAAAAAUAAAAGGAACAAAAUAAAAAGGAUUGGUUAUGUAUUUUAGCUGAUUAGUUGCACUAUUUUUUUGUUGUUGAGAGUGACCACGGUAGUUUACAAUCUAAUUACAAGCAAUUUCUGGGCAGCAACUUCUGGAAGUACAGCACUGAUGCCAGAAAGUUUUCAUGGUCAAAGGCUGAAUGGAUGGAAAGAUGCAGCUACCCAUCGAGCUAAGUACAAGAAAAUCUUCAUUGCUGAUUAGGGAACAAGUUCUGUUUUGUCAGCAGAUUUUUUGGACCUGCACAUAGCAGACUCCCUACAACUUUUUCCAGAGGCACAUUAUUGCCAGCAAAUUCAGAAUUGAAAGGCAGUGUGGAUUUUAUUUCUCUCUCUCAACAAAAGCAGUUAUAUUUAUUUGGUUUAUCGUCCAUCUCCAUAGUCCUUCUUAAUUACAUCAUUAGGAAAUAUAUGCCUCAUCAAAUCAAAUUCAAGCCACCUUUGUUGCAGGUAUAAUGCACACAGAUCUCAGAUGUGGCCAAAUAUAAAUUGAAGUAUACUGUCCUAAAAUUAUUUGAAGUGUAAUAUGAAAUGCUGAAUUGAUUUAAAAAAGUCAAGGUCUUUUGUCUAAGUAAAUAUCUUAGUCACUGAAAAAGUACUUAGGGGUUGGUUAAUCAGCCCCAAUAGAUUGUUAAGUGCUCUGCUGGCUUCACUGAUACUAGAAUAAUUAUAACUACCUGAUGAGCUACUGUGUAAUCAGUGAAUAUACAGACGUUAUAAUUAAGAAAUAUACAGGAAAGUUAGGCUAACCAGGUUAUCACGCUAACGAAGAAUGGAUGCAGAGCUUACCCUUGUCCUGGGCUCACUGAAAAGACUCCAAAAGGAGCAAUCUCCAAAUACCAUAUUUAUUUCUCUAGUUAAUGUAAAUUAAAGGAAAUUAAGGAAUUUUUUUCCCAUUAUUUUUGACUGCCUUGCAAUGGGAAGAGCAGAAACUAAAGUUUCUGUAAAAUGGCACUUUUUACUGUGGGAAACAGGACACUGUGCAGAAGGUAAGCAAUUAUCUUGACCUGUCACACAGUGGCAAUGUAUUAUUCACCACUAUCCUAACUUUGUAUCCAUCCCAGUAGAAAGGAUGUGCUGGUUUUAGCUCACAAUCCUGCAAAAUUGUCAGAAUGGGGCUUGAAUUUAUCUUUCAUAUGUACUGCUUGAACCGAAAGGCGAGAAACACAAGAACUAAGAACACAGUAACAGAGUUAUAUCAUACAAAAUUAGAAACCUCAACUAUGUAAUAAUCUUUAUUAUCCUUGUGGGUUUUUCUCUCUUCCCCUACAUUUUUUCAUAAUUUCAAAACCAGAUGAAAAUUCAGAGAUUUAAGAUCUAGAAACUAUGCAAUGGCACACCAAAUCAUCCACUGCUGUGCUCAAAGACUAGCUAUCACCAGAACCUGAAGCAAGACUUGGAUAAAUCCAUGAAGCAUAGAUGUAACAUGAAUGUCCUCAAUAGGCUUUUCUUAUCAAGUACUGCCAAGUGUUUUGAUUUUUUGAUGCAUCCUGUCAAUCUACCAGCUCAAUGUCUUUCUCUUGUACAUAUGCAUACAAAAAUCGGAGGAGAUUUUAUUGCUGCUUAGUUAUUACGGUCUUUAUUCUCUUCCAAUUCAUGAAAAGAACGCUCUCCAUUUGCUUAUUUGCUUUCUUUAUAAAAGUAAUUAUUGCAAGAUUCAACUCUUAUCAGUAAAAAAGCAUUUCAACUCUCUGCAUAAAUGUUG